AUCCAGUCCAGACCCUCCCUGUCGUUGCCACUUCCCCACCACACACGUCCACCCUCCCAGACACCCCCAUCCGCCGGCCGGAUCAUCCUUAUAUACGCCGGCGGCCUAGCUAACACGGCCACCCGGAACUAUCUAUCUCCUCGUCGGCGGUCAGUUGAGCUACAAAACUUGGCAACAAGCUUAGCUAGCUAGUUGCAAGCAGCAGCGCCAAUCAAUCGAUCGAUCAAGGACGACGACGGCGGCGAACGGAUCGAUGGCCACGCUCUCCUCCUGCAGCCGCCUGAGCAGCGGCACCGGCGCCGCGGCUAUCCACCACCGGCAGCCGACCCGUGCGGGUGUCGUCGUCGUCACCAGCCGGCGGAGCUCCUCCGCCAGCGUCCGCGCCGCCGCCGCCGCCACGGCGGCGCCGGCUGCCGUAGAGCAGCAGGACAAGGGGGUGUCGCUGCCGACGUGGGCGGAGUUCGAGCUCGGGCGGGCGCCGGUGUUCUGGAAGACCGCCAACGGCCUGCCGCCCUCGCCGGGCGAAGGGCUGACCCUGUUCUACAACCCGGCGGCGACGAAGAUGGCCCCGAACGACGUGUUCGGCGUGGCGUUCAGCGGCGGCUUCAACCAGCCCAUCAUGUGCGGCGGCGAGCCGAGGCAGAUGACGCUGCAGGUCCGGGGCAAAGCCGACCCGCCCAUCUACACCAUCAGGAUACGCGUGCCGCAGCACGCCAUAAGCUUGAUCUUCUCCUUCACCAACGGGGCCGAGUGGGACGGGCCGUACACGCUCAAGUUCAGGGUCCCAAAGCCAUGGCAGAACAAGCCGCUGAGCUUCUUCAACGAGGGCCUGGCGGACGAGCUCAACAUGGAGGGCGCCUGCGACCGGGCCAUCUACCCGGACGAGAACAUCGCCAUCACCAGCUGCGCCAUGGACGGCUACCUCGAGGAAGGGGGGGAUCGGUGCAAGCUGGACAUCGUGAGCGGGUGCAUGGACCCCGGCUCCGACAUGUUCGACCCGCUGGCCACCGUCGACGACGGCUCCUGCCCCCUCGAGUCUGAUUCCGAGGAAUGAAGCCAUGAAGGAGCUUCAGUUCAAUCCUAGGACACAAAUGUCUGUGAUUCAUACAGUUUAUCAGCAUGCAAAUGUCUGUGAUGUUUGUCAUCAUGUGAUACAUCAAGCAUAUUAUACGUGUAUAUGUAUUUAACCAGACUACCAGAGUAAACAAAAAAAAAACGCAUUGCUGAGCAAGAUGAUCUCAUACUUGCACUAGUGGAGUUGUGGAUACUUGGUAUCAAUCUUUGCAAACUCUGAUACAAACCAGUCUAAACAGAGCAAAAUGUAAGGCCAAAUAUGCCAUGAUCUGAUCUGCAUA